GUUGUCUCUCAGGUACUCGCAUUCCUUGCUACAGGGCCCAGACAAGAUAAUAGUGUCUUCUAUGAAAUUCGCACGUACGAUAUUAAGCCAUCGAAGAUGAAGGAGUUUGGGGAGAUGAUCAACAAGUACUUUCACCUUCGCACAGCUCUCUCGGAGGUGGUGGGAAUCUGGUCUGCAGAGCUGGGAGCGAUGAAUAAAGUGAUCCACAUUUGGAAGUAUGAUAACUUUGCCCACAGAGCAGCAGUCCGGCGUGCAGUGGCCGACGACAAAGACUGGCAGGGAAAAUUCAUCUCUCCAGCUCUCCCCUUGGUAGAAAAGCAGCACAAUGAGGUUGCUUAUUUGGUACCGUGGUGUCAGCUUGGGAAGCCUCCAAAAGAAGGGGGGGUGUAUGAAUGGGUUACUUUCCAGAUGAAGCCUGGUGGGCCAGCAUUGUGGGGUGAAGCAUUCCAAGCUGCAGUCAACGCUCACAUCAGUACAGGUUACACCAAACUGAUUGGUGUUUUCCACACAGAGUACGGAUUACUUAACACAGUCCAUGUGAUGUGGUGGAACGAGACUGCAGAUCACCGGGCAGCAGGAAGGCACAGAGCUCAUGAAGACGCCAGAGUGGUAGGAGCUGUGCGGGACAGUGUCAGAUUCUUGGAGUCCCAGCAAAAUAUGCUCCUGAUGCCUCUGCCAUGCUCGCCACUGAAGUAA